AAAUUUAGCAAUCUUAAACUCUUCUCCACUUUCUCUUUGCCUCUUCUUCUAAGCUACCACUUCAACACUACACAACACAAACACAAAAAGCACUUAUUUCUCAAAUCACUUCCAUUCCCUACUCUUGUAACCAACCUAUUUUCUUGCAGGUUUUUCCUUUUCUUCAAUAUCACUAUUUCCAUAUGAAAUUUCUGAUCUUCACUUUACCUUACCCUACACAUAUAUUAGUCAAAGAUUAAGACAGGGUCAAGGGUUUUAGGUGGGAAAAAAACUAACCACAAAAAAACAACACCUACCAUUUUACUACCAAAAUCCUCUCUUUAUGGGUAAUGAAUUUGAUAUAUAAAUCAAAAUUAAAACUUUAGUGUCUUUUUCAUUACCCUUUUGCCUUUUUAAUGUCAGAGACUAACGACUGCGCCGCCACCGUCACCGCCGGUGGUGGUUACCGGAGUACAUUUCCAAGGUCAGUUUCAUGGACUGACCAUUCACCUUCAAACAGAAAACCACCUCAUGCGGCAGCGAAAAACAGACAGCUUCGUCCUCUUUCUAUCAACAAACGUAGCAUUGAAGAAUGGCCAAGUGCUGGAUCUGACGAUCUUGGAGUUUGGCCACAAGCAGAUACACCAAGAGGAAGAGGUUCAAUCACUGGUUCAGAGUUUCAGUUCAAAAGAGACAAGUUAGCUUUUUAUGACAAAGAAUGUUCUAGAAUUGCUGAACAUGUGUACCUAGGAAGUGACACGGUUGCUAAGAAUCAUGAGCUUCUAAGACAGAAUGGGAUUACUCAUGUGCUUAAUUGUGUUGGGUUUGUUUGUCCUGAAUAUUUUAAAAGUGAGUUUGUUUAUAAAACUCUUUGGUUGCAGGAUAGUCCAACAGAAGAUAUAACGAGUAUUUUGUAUGAUGUUUUUGAUUAUUUUGAGGAUGUUAGAUUACAAGGUGGUCGUGUUCUUGUUCAUUGUUGUCAAGGUGUUUCUAGAUCAACAUCUUUGGUCAUUGCUUAUCUUAUGUGGAGAGAAGGACAAAGCUUUGAAGAUGCUUUUCAUUAUGUCAAGAAUGCUCGUGGUGUUACAAAUCCUAACAUGGGUUUUGCUUGUCAGCUUUUGAUGUGUCAGAAAAGAGUGGUAAAUGUACAUUCAAAUGCAAAUGGUAAUGUUAAUGUUAUGCCUUCAAGUCCUAAUUCUGUUCUUAGGAUGUAUAGAAUGGCUCCUCAUUCACCUUAUGACCCUCUUCAUGUGGUACCUAAAAUGGUUGACAAGCCUUGUGCUAAAGCGCUCGAUUCUCGUGGUGCUUUUAUUGUUCAUGUUCCUUCUGCUAUAUAUGUUUGGAUUGGUAAAAAUUGUAGUUCUGUUAUUUCUUGUAAUGCACAAUCUGCAGCUACGCAGGUUGUUCGUUAUGAGAAAGCAAAUGCUCCGAUUCUUAGCAUUUAUGAAGGUGAAGAGCCAAUGGAGUUUUGGGUUGCUCUUUCUAACCAGGAACUGGUGGAGAAGGAAAGAAUGGAGAUUGAUGGUGAUAUGGGGAUUCAUCUUAGGAAAGUCGAUGAUUACGAUUUGGAUUUUGGGAUAUUUCACAAAGCACUUGCUGGUGGUGUUGUUCCACCUUUUUCUGUGUCUAAUACAGGAUCAGAAACUUUGCUUCCUGAUAGAGAAAAUGGCUGGGGAAGACUAAGGAGGAAGCUUGCUAAUAGUAUCAUGAAAGGUUUGUUUACAUCCUCCAAAUGUUGUGAUACAACCUCACCUAAAGAUGAAUUAUUAAGGGAGAAUGUGGAAGAAGAUGAAAAACAACAUUCAGUUGUUGAUCAUUCCUCAAAGCAUCUUUCUGGUUCAUCUAGUUACAUUGAAUAUGUUGUUGAUCACAGCUCUGACAAGGCAAAAGAUAGUCUCGUAUUCAUGGAUCGCUUUGUUCCUAAUGUUGGUUCAUCAUUGCCACCAACUCAUCGAAAAUUGGAUUCUUUUCCUUGUUCUUUAAGUAACAGCCCAAAAUUCAGUUCAAAGUCGCCAACCCUUUCUCCUUCCAAUUCUGAUUGUGCUAGCUCCUUCACAUUUUCGCCUGCGUCUACAAAUUGGUCUGAUUUGUCAUUCUUGUCAUCUCGGCAGCCAUCGCCUUCUGGACUUGAAUCAUCUGAACAACCCUUUUAUCUUAAUAAAGAUGCAUCUUUGUUAGAAAGAUCCUCUUCACUUCGGAACGCUGCUGUCUCUUCAUCUUCAGAGACACUUUCGGUUAAUCAAAGCAUGGUACGGACAAACUCCUACAAAGGGCCGAAAUCUAACCUCUCCAUUGCGGAGCGCAGGGGGAGUAAACCGCCACCUCAAAUGUUCGUAACUUCUGUUAGCGAAUCAUUGCGUGCUCACAAAGUUCUGGUAAGAUCGCAGACAUUCACUUUGCCCAACCGAGACGAUAAUUUGAUGUAGUUGGAACUUGCAAUCAAUCUGAUUGUAGAACAUAGUGAGAAAUGGCUAGUAUCAGGCGCAUAUAUCAUUAGUAGUUUAGUAUACUAGCUGAAAGUGAGAUUAAUGGCAAAGGAUCUUUGUAGUAUGAUAUAGUGUCUCAUAACAUGAUUGUUAUGCAUGAAGUUAGCUCAUGACAAUGGUUCAAUUUCUUUCUGUAUAGCCAUAGUUGAGCCUGUAAUAUGCUACUACAUUUUUUGAGUUAAAUCUGCUCUGUUUUUCUGAUUA